AUGGCGGGUUUUUAUUCUUCUGUCAAACUCGGUCCAUCUUCAUCAUCAUUAUCCCAAUCUCCUCAGCUUUUCACUUUCAGAACCAUAUUUUUACUAUCACUCAUUUUCUCUCUAGCAGCAUUGGCAUUCGUCCUCCAAUGGCAUGGUGAAUUUGGUGACCCAACAUCCAGAUGGCCUUGUUUAAACUGCCUUGAAAUCCCAAGUAUGGAUGCUACCACUUCCUUUAAAGCCACUACCCACACUUCCUCCAAAUGCUUGGAUACUUUAGGACAGAGCCGGUCUAUUUCUUUUCCUUACUUUAGGGAUUUGAAAUUUGAUUCCAAAUUCCAUCUCAAAACAAAGAUAUGCAUAGUAUCAACCACUUCAGCUGAUUUAGAGCAAAUAUUGCCAUGGAUCUUCUAUCAUAAAGUUAUCGGGGUUACAAGUUUCUUCUUGUUUGUGGAAGGAGAAGCUGCAACUCCAGGUGUAUGUAAAGUUCUAGAGUCCAUUCCCAAUGUGAAACUAAUACACAGGACCAAAAAACUUGAGGAAGAACAAGCCAAUAGCCGAAUGUGGAAUGAGAUGUGGAUGUCAACUUACUUCUACAAGCCAUGUAACUAUGAGUUAUUUGUAAAGCAAUAUCUUAAUAUGGAAAUGGCUAUUGUCAUGGCAAUGGAAGCUCAUAUGGAGUGGAUUAUUCAUCUGGAUACAGAUGAGCUUAUUCAUCCAGCAGGCACUCGUGAAUACUCUCUCACUCAACUUUUGUCAGACAUUCCUGAAAAUAUUGACAUGGUUGUAUUUCCAAACUAUGAGAGCAGUGUUGAACGAGACAACAUACAGCACCCUUUCACCGAGGUCUCGUUGUUUAAAAAGAAUUUUGACCACCUUAAUGAGGAAACAUACUAUAGCAAUUACAAAGAAUCAACUCAUGGCAAUCCGGGCUACUUUUUGACAUAUGCAAAUGGGAAGUCGGCUGCUCGUGUUCAACAACAUUUGCGUCCUAAUGGUGCACAUAGAUGGCACAACUAUAUUAAGACUCCAAAUCAGGUCGUGUUUGAUGAGGCUGCUGUACUACAUUACACCUAUGCCAAGGUUUCAGAUUUGACAUCAAGGCGUGAUCGAUGUGGCUGCAAACCUACAAAAGAAAAAGUAUCGAAGUGCUUCUUUUUGGAAUUUGACAAAGCUGCUUUUAUAAUUGCAUCAAGUGCAUCAGAGGAGGAGAUGCUAAACUGGUACCGUGAACAUGUUGUGUGGAAGGACGAAGAUCUGAAAAAGAAACUAAUGAAAGAAGGAAUUUUAACUCGCAUAUAUGCUCCUAUGGUGAUCAUGCAAGGAUUAAAGGAAACUGGUGUUUACAGUUCUUUGAUUGAGUCCAUCCAUACAAAUCUAUAUAAUGCCACACAUCAGUCGUCAAACGAAAUAAUCAGUAAUUCUUCUAGGAAAUUUGGCGAGAAAGAACCCAGGAUGACUAUUAGGAAUGUAUUACAAGCGGUUGAUACAGAUUUAUUGGCAAUGCCACCACUCACGUCUCCGGUAAUGAAUACUAUUGACCAUUAUAUUUGA